AUUCCUGGUCUUCCCGAAAUACUUGUCAGUGUAAAUCCCAACACACAUCCAGGUUUAUUAGGUAUAUGCUUAAGCGGGGCAGGUCCCACAAUUUUGGUUCUCGCUACACAUAAUUUUGAUAAUAUCUCCGAAACUAUUACAAAUAUAUUUUCUGAAAAAGGAAUAGACACUGUUGUAAAAGUGUUGGAAAUUGUUAAUGAGGGAGCUCAAGUAGUUGAAACUCAUUAA